AUGCAGGUGUGCAUGUGCCGACACCUGCUUGGGACGGCGUCGAAAGCAGAAAGUCAGCUUCAUUUACCGAAAGGCAAGCCACAGAAAAGCCAGGCGCCUCGCCUCCCGAAAGCCGGAGAGACCGUCCACGGGCACAAGUUCUUCAUUGGCUUUGGUGGAAAAGGAGCCAACCAGUGUGUCCAGGCCAGUCGACUGGGAGCUAAAACAGCAAUGGUGUGUAAGCUCGGCCAAGAUGUCUUUGGAAACAACUACCUCCAGAACUUUAAGGACCAAGGAGUGACCACAGAUUUCGUGAGUCAGACUGGAGAAGCAGCUACUGGCGCAGCCUCCAUUAUUGUGAAUGACCAAGGAGAAAAUGCUAUUGUGAUUGUGGCUGGUGCCAACCUGCUGCUAGACAUGGAGGAUCUGAAGAAGGCGUCACUGGCCAUCUCCACAGCACGGGUGCUGGUGUGCCAGCUUGAAAUCAGCCCUGCUGUGUCUCUGCAAGCUCUGAAGAUGGCACGGAACUCGGGAGUGAGGACCAUUUUUAAUCCUGCUCCUGCGGCCGCCGAGCUCGACCCGGAAUUCUACUCCUCAUCAGAUGUUUUCUGCUGCAACGAGUCAGAGGCCGAACUCCUCACCGGACUCGAGGUUACAGAUGAGGACCUCGCUGGGAAGGCUGCUGUGGUCCUCCUGAGCCGAGGGUGCCGCUCCGUCAUAGUCACCUUGGGAGUGAAGGGUUGCCUGAUGGUGUCGGCGCAGGAUGCGACCCCUAAGCACAUUCCUGUGGGCGCCGUGCCAGCGGUGGACACCACGGGAGCCGGUGACAGCUUUGUGGGGGCCCUGGCAUUUUUCAUGGCUCAAGUUCCUGACCUACCCCUGGAGGAGAUGGCGAGGAGGUCCAAUCAGAUCGCAACAGUGAGUGUGCAGGCGGUGGGCACUCAGACUUCGUACCCAUCGAGAGACGACCUUCCACAUGAACUGUUUGAAGCUUGCAGUCAAUAAACCAAAACCGAUGAGC